GUCGGCGUGGGAUUCCGGAAGCCGGCGGGGAGCCGCGCGCGCGUCUGCGGAGCCCCGGAGCGCUGUCCCCGCUGCUCCGCGGAGGCUCGGAGCUCCUGUGCGCGUCCCUUUCCCUUGUGGUUUGACAGAAACGCAGCGGACUCCAAAUUCACUUUAUAUUCUUCUGGCUGAGACACUUUCGUCAAUUCUGAGCCACAGUUUCGUCUCUAAGAUGGAUGGCCAAGAUCUCUGCGUAAUGUGGUAGAAAUCUUUAAGUGUGGAACACUGAGCAGGAGCUUUACCAUUGGCUGGUCAAGAAGGAAGAGGCAGAAUGUUUGCAUUGUUACACCAUAGAGUUCAAACUUUGGAAGACUUGGGUUGAGCGGUAUCAUUUACUCUGCGAGUGAUCAUGCCUUUACCUGUCCUCGGGGAUGAUCACAAACUGAUGAAGCAUGCUUUAGGUUCUAUGAAUUCAGAUUACAUUGUUUUCCAGAUGCCCUGGCAGCUGGUACAGGGCUUAUGAAAAAUGGAACCACACUCUCUGCGGACUAAAGUCCCAGCCUUCUUAUCUGAUUUGGGGAAGGCCACUUUGAGGGGAAUCAGAAAGUGUCCCCGAUGUGGCACGUACAAUGGAACCCGGGGACUGAGCUGUAAGAACAAGACCUGUGGGACCAUUUUCCGCUAUGGUGCCCGGAAGCAGCCUAGUGUCGAAGCUGUCAAGAUCAUCACCGGCUCCGAUCUGCAGGUCUACUCGGUGCGGCAGAGAGACCGCGGCCCUGAUUACCGAUGCUUUGUGGAGCUCGGUGUUUCAGAGACGACAAUCCAGACUGUGGAUGGGACGAUCAUCACUCAGCUGAGCUCCGGACGGUGUUACGUCCCUUCCUGCUUGAAAGCUGCCACCCAAGGUGUUGUGGAAAACCAGUGCCAGCAUAUUAAGCUGGCAGUGAACUGCCAGGCGGAGGCCACCCCUCUGACCCUGAAGAGUUCCGUCCUGAACGCCAUGCAGGCCUCCGCAGAAACCAAACAGACCAUCUGGCAACUGGCCACGGAACCCACAGGUCCUCUGGUGCAGAGGAUCACUAAAAACAUCUUGGUGGUAAAAUGCAAGGCAAGCCAGAAGCACAGUUUGGGGUAUCUGCAUACAUCCUUUGUGCAGAAAAUCAGUGCCAGAAGCUUGCCUGAGCGUCGUUUCUUCUGCUCCUGCCAGACUCUGAAAUCACACAAGUCGAGUGCCUGUAAGGACGACGCAGCCCAGAGAUGCAUUCAUUUCUUUGCUUGCAUCUGUGCCUUUGCCAGUGAUGAGACUUUGGCUCAGGAAUUCUCAGAUUUCCUAAAUUUUGAUUCCAGCGGUCUUAAAGAGAUUAUUGUGCCCCAAUUAGGCUGUCAUUCAGAGUCAGCUGUAUCAGCUUCUGAGUCUACUGCCUCUAAACCGAAGAAGAGGAAAAAGGAAGAAGUAUCUGUGCUGGGGAUUGAGCCUGGGGCCUCACACAUGCCAGGUGCACAGAUGAAUAGUUCACUAAUGCCUCAAGAAGCAGUGAGCAGUAAUCUAAGGAAGAGUGGCCUGAAAAAGCCUGUGGUUGCUUCUUCAUUAAAAAGGCAGUCCUGUGGUCAGCUGUUAGAUGAAGCACAAGUGACUUUAUCCUUCCAAGACUGGCUGGCCAGUGUCACUGAGCGAAUCCAUCAAACCAUGCACUAUCAGUUUGAUGGCAAACCAGAGCCACUGGUAUUCCACAUUCCUCAGUCCUUUUUUGAUGCCCUGCAGCAAAGAAUAUCCAUAGGAAGUGCAAAAAAACGGCUCCCCAACUCCACCACAGCUUUUGUUCGAAAAGAUGCCUUGCCACUGGGAACAUUUUCCAAGUACACCUGGCAUAUCACUAAUAUCCUGCAAGUUAAACAAAUCUUAGACACCCCGGAGAUGCCCUUGGAAAUUACCCGUAGUUUUAUCCAGAACCGAGAUGGGACAUAUGAACUGUUCAAGUGCCCUAAAGUGGAAGUAGAGAGCAUAGCAGAGACCUAUGGCCGCAUGGAAAAGCAACCAGUGCUGCGACCCUUGGAACUGAAAACUUUUCUCAAAGUUGGCAACACUUCCCCAGAUCAAAAGGAGCCAACACCUUUCAUCAUUGAAUGGAUCCCGGAUAUCCUUCCCCAGUCCAAGAUUGGUGAGCUGCGGAUCAAAUUCGAGUACGGCCACCACCGGAAUGGGCAUGUGGCGGACUAUCAGGACCAGAGGCCGCCCCUGGAGCAGUCGCUGGAGCUGGCCCCUCUGACCACUAUCACUUUCCCUUGAGACAAGAGUAUUUUGCUGCUAAAUUUGCACAUCCUCAACCCUGGCCACUUAAAUACUAGAUGGACCUACUCCUUAGUGAAUUGUUCUUAGCUAAGAUUUCAUUUCUCAGAGAAUUCAAGUGGGUUUUAUUGAGGAAAAAUUCUUGUAAGUAGCCUUUGCAGUCUUCAUUAUGAAUUGGACAGUAUUUCUGGCUAGUUUUAAAAAGAGAAAAACCAGCUCACUUUCCUUGUCAUGGACUCAACCUUAGAGUUUAUUUCAGUGUUUUUCUAAUUCUUUCAGAAGUUGGCAGCGGUCAGUCAGCCUUACACUAACAGUGUUGGAAAGUUAGUAAUUCCCUGGUUAGGACAGAAUGUAACGGACCAUCCUUGCAGGGUUCCGGCCAUGCUCUUUAUUCUGUUCUCAAAUAAAGCACAGUGCCACUGGUUUUUCCAGAUGGUAUCUCAUGCUGGCCUGA